UCUUCUAUGCAAUCUCGUCACCCAAGCUCCCAGAAUAGAUUGUCGCCAUGAACCCAGCCGAUUCCGUUGAGAUCGGCGACGCCGUCGCCGCUCAGCAGAAUGCUCAUCUCGCUCAGCUGCCCUUGGGUAAAGAUAUCAAGUUGGAGAAGGAUGCCAUCGCCAGGGAGUCCAGUAUCGAGGAAAUCCCCGCGACCAAGGAAUAUCCAACCGGCAGCGAGGAGGACCAGGAUCUGAACAAGCUCCACCCUACGCAGGAGGAGAUGCAAACGCUCCGCCGCGUUGCUGGGCCGAUGAACUGGAUCACUUUCUCUGUGGCUUUCGUCGAGCUGUGCGAGCGUUUCUCCUACUAUGGAACCACCGCUGUUUUCGUCAACUUCAUCCAACAGCCUCUGCCCCCGGGCUCUACCACCGGUGCCAUCUCUGGCGGCUCCGAGGUUCCUGGCGCCUUGGAUAUGGGCCAGCAGGCUUCGACCGGUUUGACUUUGUUCAACUCUUUCUGGUCGUACGUUAUGCCACUCGCCGGUGCCUUCUUGGCAGAUCAGUACUGGGGUCGUUUCCGAACGAUCAUGUUCUCGAUCGGUUGUGCCCUAGUCGGUCACGUUAUCCUCAUCAUCUCCGCCAUUCCCCCCGUGAUCGCAAACCCCAAUGGCGCUAUUGGCUGUUUUGCGAUCGGUCUGAUCAUCAUGGGUAUGGGUACCGGUGGUUUCAAGUCCAACAUCUCGGCCUUGAUUGCGGAACAAUACCCCGAUGAGCGGCCCUACCUAAAGACCCUACCAUCAGGAGAGCGCAUCAUCAUUGACCCAGCUGCCACUGUUGCUCGUGUCUAUCUUUAUUUCUACCUGUGUAUCAACGUCGGCUCGCUUACUGGACAGAUCAGCAUGGUCUACGCCGAGCGAUACGUUGGGUUCUGGCUGUCAUUCUUGCUGCCCACGAUCAUGUUCUGCUUCUCUCCUCUCGUGCUGUACCUCUGCCGCAACAAAUACCACCUGGUUCCCCCGACUGGCUCUGUGUAUACCCAGGCCUAUCGUCUGAUCAGGGAAGCUAUCAGGCACCAUUGGUCCGUUACCACGGUCAAAGUGGCUGGUAUUCCAUUCAAGAGAAUCAAGAAAAACGAUACCCACUUCUGGAACACCGUCAAGCCCAGCACCAUGGGAGCAAACCGUCCUACCUGGAUGACAUUCGAUGACGAGUGGGUUGAUGAAGUUGCCCGCGGUCUCAAAGCGUGCCGGGUGUUCCUCUGGUAUCCCCUGUACUGGCUUGCCUACAACCAAAUGCUUAACAAUCUUACCUCUCAGGCCGCCACGAUGCGACUUGGCGGCGUCCCCAACGACAUCAUCAACAACUUCAACCCGCUCGCCCUCAUCAUUUUCAUCCCCAUCUUCGACCGCUUGCUAUACCCUUUCCUCCGUCGUAUUGGAAUCAAAUUCACGCCGCUCAAGCGUAUUACAGCAGGAUUCUUCGUGGCCGGUUCCGGUAUGAUCGUGGCUACCGUCACCCAGCACUAUAUCUACAAGAAAGGCCCAUGCGGUAAAGAAGCCAACAGUUGUCUGGAGCAAGGCCUGCACGCACCCAUCUCUGUCUGGGUGCAGGCUCUCACCUACAUUCUCGGUGGUAUUUCCGAGAUUCUGGCGUCGGUUACAUCCCUUGAGUACGCCUUCACCAAGGCGCCCAAGAACAUGCGCAGUUUGGUCCAGGCCGUCUCACUCUUCAUGAACGCUUUCUCUUCUGCCAUCGGUCAGGCCUUUGUCGGUCUUUCAGAAGACCCGCUUCUUGUCUGGAACUACGCUGUCGUUGCCAUCUUGGCGUUCGUUGGCGGCAUUGGCUUCUGGGCAACAAACUACAAGCUGGAUAAACAGGAAGAUGAGCUCAACACCCUUGCUCAGUCGAAGUAUGAGGGCUCUGGAUUGAAGCAGGAUGAGGAGGCGAAAGCCUAAAUAUAACUUAAUUGUCGUGAUGUUCAUGUCAUGUUGCUAUGAAUAUGAUACAUGAGACCUGAUGCGAUUUAUGUACUAAUAUUUUACUACCAAGUAGGUAGUCAAAGGUUCUCAGU